AUGGCCGCAGCACCCACAGCGGAGGAGACGAGCUACGGCUUGUCUGAGCCGGAGAGUUUCAUCAGCUUCCUCGAAGAUGCCGGUAUCCGCCUGGUGCGCCUGGAGUACCUGAUCGAUCUCCGUGCGUCCGGGAGGCCUUUGCCGCGCCGGCAAGAGGCGGAACAGGAGACGACGACCUUGGGACUGCCAGCGCUCGUGGAGAGCGACGAGCUGCGAGCAAUAGAGAUUGAUCCCCAUACCGCCCACAUGUCCGUGAUGAUUCGGCACCCAGAGCCGAGACGGGUCAAAGUCCACUUCGUCUCUAUCAGCCACAUGUGGGAGAGCAUGCAACAUCCGGAUCCCUGGAGGUUCCAGCUGGAUGCCAUCGUGGAGGAGUUCCGUCCCCGACUGCUGGAUUCGGUCGUUUGGAUCUUCUACGAUUUUGUAUCCUUGCAUCAGUACACCAGAAACGAGGAUCAGGAGCGGCUCUUCCGGCGGGCGCUCCGCGACAUUUUUGUCAUGUACUCCCACGACGCCGUGGAAGUACAUCGGAUCGAGACGCUGACUCCGGAGAGCGUGCGAGAAAGGUGCGUGGCAGCCCACGGAUCCAAGAUCCUCGUUUUCUGGAAGGAAGAUCAGAAGAUGAUGGACGUGCCUAUCUCUAAGCUCAGGUGGAACGAGACGCCCUACGACCAACGUGGCUGGUGCCGGUCCGAAAAGGAGUGGUCCGCCUUGCGGACUUGGAUGAAGGGCGAAAAUCCGGUGCCGCUGCCCCCCGACAUGUUCUGGGCACGGAUGCAGCAGCUAAAAUUCACGCACAGGGAGAAGGUCUUCAAGCUCCAGGCGAAGGUCUUCCACCAGAAGGCCGCGUCCACCAGCAAGCUCCUCAUCGAAAACCUGGAUGGUGACAAGAUCGAGGUUCUGGCUGCAGCUUUGCCUUUCUACACCAAGCUGACGGAGCUCGUAGCCACGGGAACUUCGGAGAACACUUGGAAAGCGGCUUUGGCCGAAAUCACGUGCGAGAAUGUGCGGGACGAGGAUGCCAUUGCUUUGGCAGCCGAUUUGUCCACAGAGAAAUGCAGUCACUUGGAACGGCUGCACCUAAAGUGUAAGAGACUUGGCGAGAUGGGUAGAAAUGCCCUCCAGCAGAUGAUGGAGCACCGCAGGUCAAAACUGGAAAUCCGCUGCACCGCAGACCGCAGUAGCGGCCAGAGUAGCGGCUAUCUCGGCCAUGAGAUCGAGCCAGCAAUGGCUUCGGAAUCCCGUGCAACGAUGCGCAUUCUGGUUUUCAAGCGUAGACAACCACCGCAGCGGCGGGCAGUCAUGGUGCGGCCUGUGGAGGCCAUUGGCGACUGGAGCGAAGAUAUCCGCGAGGGUCAGGAGGCCAUGGCGCAGGAGGACUUUACAAUGUUCCUUUUCGAGCUUUGCACGCUUUGGUGCGGGCCCAACGUCUCGCUGUCCGUGUACCUUCUCUUCCUUAGCUCCGUCUUCAUCGCUGUUACGGACGCCCGCGGUGCUUACACCCUGGGUCUCCGAAAGUUGGAGGACGUUCAGAGACUGCCGCAGUCCUUCUUCGAACUCUUGUCCCUUCAAGGCUGGUCCAGCCGCCCAGCAGAGAAGUCCGAGGACCCGCUGGCCAGCUGGCUCCGCUGCAAUGUGGCGCAGGAAGUGCAGCAGGCCACCGUGGACCAGGUGCAGAAGCAGGUCUUCCAGCUGACCCACGAUGCAAGAUCGGUCUUCCUUUUCGGGAACGAG